UGCGCAUGCUCAGUGUAGUGUUCGGGAAGGCAUCCUUGGGGUUUGUUUUCAUUUCCUUGGAAUUGGCUUUUCAAGUAAUGGCGAAAUGCUUCUUCGAUCCACACAGAGUUGUGCCUCUCACAAAAGGUCGGUUACAAUAGCUCAGCGAACCCAGCCCACGAUGCUUACGACCACUUUAAACGGUGUGUUUAGCCACCGAGGCUAACAUUAGCCACACUGCAACACUGAACGAUAACAAGAGUUGGAUGGUCUGUGAUCGUAAUAUUGGCAAUUUUUUUGCUGUUCUACUUCAACGCGGCCAUGCAGACUCGUCGUUCGGCGUUACGUCGUAGAUGACCUGGUAGAACAUGGACAACAAUUGAAUACAGGAUGAACGACAUGAACCUGAGUCCUGUGGGCAUGGACCAGCUGAGUGUGACCUCCGUGAGUGCCAGCCACCUGGGUCUGCCCAACUCGCCCACACACAACCCCAUCCCUGCUCCGGGCAUGUCUGUGACCAUCCCCAGCCUGGGUCCUUCGCUGGGGUCCUUGCCCUCGGCCCUGUCCCUCAUGGUGCCCAUGGGUUCCCUUGGCGACGGGAGGGGGGUGAUGUGCGGCUUGCCCGACAGGAAUUACUCCCUGCCGCCCCCUCCGUACCCCCAUCUAGAGAGCACCUACUUCAGACACCUGCUACCGGGGAUCCUGUCCUACCUGGCCGACCGCCCCCCCCCCCAGUACAUCCACCCCAGCAGCCUCAACAUGGACGGCACCCUCUCCGUCCCGGGCAGCAACCCCUCCGGCCUGGACCCCUACAGCGGCCCCGGGGGGCCCCUGGAGCAGGGCCUGGGGUCCCUUGACGCGCGGCAGGUCGGCGGGCAGCCGGACGUCCUGCACCCGGGCGGACCCCACGAGCUGGACCCGGCGGGGCUGGCCAUGGAGUCGCGCGUCAGCAGCCCCCUGUCCCCCGACCGCAUGGGGGAGGAGCUGGCCCCCAUGGAGGGGGUGGGGGUGGGCUCGGUGACGGACGGCCAGCAGCUGGGCGGGGGCGGGGGAGGAGGGGGAGGAGGAGGAGGAGGGGGAGGAGGGGUGGACCCCUCGUCCGGCGGGGGCAUGCCGCUGCACGGACCCCCCGUGCUGGAGCUGUCGGUGGGCAUGGAGCCGGAGCACAUGGGGCGGCGGGCGGGGGGCGGCGGCGGCGGCGGCGGGGAGAUGAACCCGGGGGUGGUCAGCGUGGUGCUGGCGGGCUCCAUGGAGUCGGUGUCCCUCCACGGGCACCCGGGCAUGGGGCUGGAGGUGGUGAACGUGUCCCCCAUCACGGCCGAGGUCACCCUGGGGCCGGAGAACAACCUGGUGCUGGUCAACUCCAGCCUGCAGCUGGAGGACGCCACGUCCAACAAGGAGAACCUGGUCACCGCCUACACCAUCUGGUGCACGCUCUGCGAGCGCUCGUACACGUCGGACUGCCCCGAGCACGGCCCCGUGACCUUCAUCCCAGACACGCCCAUCCAGAGUCGGGCCCGCCUCUCUCUGCCGCACCCCCUCUGCCUACGGAUCUCCGUCGCUGACGAGCCCCUAGGAGUGUUCGCACGGGACACGCACAUCAUUCCCCAGAGGACCUGCUUCGGGCCUUUGGUGGGACAGCAUUGUAGUAACAUGGAUCUCUCUGAUUGGCCGGAGAAGGACACGCCUCAGAUCUGGAAGAUGUACCACAACAAUGUUCUGGAGUUCUGCAUCGUCACAACAGACGAGAACGAGUGCAACUGGAUGAUGUUUGUCCGCAAGGCGAGGACGCGAGAGGAGCAGAACUUGGUGGCCUACCCGGCCAACGGUAAGCUGUUCUUCUGCACCACCACAGAGAUCCACCCGGACCAGGAACUGCUCUUCUACUACAGCCGCGACUACUGCCGGCUCCUGGGCGCUCCCAGGGUCCCAGAGGGGCAGAUUUGCCAGUGUGGCAAAGAGUGCUCCUCCUUCACCGAGCUCAAGUCUCACGUCAGCGACCACAACCCCCACCCCCACCCUCACCCCCACCACCAACACCACCACCACCACCCCCACCACAACGGCCACGGUCACCCCCCCCUCGACCACAGCCCCUCACAGCAAGACCACCCUCAUCAGCAGGAGCAGCAAGCCCAGCAGCAAGGUCAACAACAACAACAACAACAACAACAACAGCAAGAAGGUCACCAUGACGACAAACUGACCAAUGGGAACUCUAGCACGUCCUCGUCCCCGUGGGGCUGUCACAGCCAUACCAACAACAACAACAACAACAACAUUAACCACAACAACAAUGGCGACAGCAACGACAUCAUCAGCAAUGGCGACGCCCACGCCAACUCGUCCAAUCCCAACGCGGCGCCCCCCCGGGCCAAGGCGGGGGGGCGGGGCCACGGCGUCCGCGAGAAGAAGUUCAAGUGCAGCAUGUGCUCGCGGGCCUUCAUCACGUCCACCAAGCUCAACGUGCACUUCAUGGGCCACGUGGGCAUGAAGCCGCACAAGUGCGAGUACUGCAGCAAGGCGUUCAGUGACCCCAGUAACCUUCGGAUGCACCUCAAGAUCCACACGGGUCAGAAGAACUACCGGUGCACGGUGUGUGAGAAGUCCUUCACCCAGAAGUCCCACGUGGAGUCCCACAUGCUCAUCCACCAGGCCGGCGAGAAGCUCAAGUGCGGCCUGUGUGACCGCGCCUUCAUCAGGAAGCACGACCUGCGCACACACAUGUUCUACCACACCAACGAGCGUCACAUCCAGUGCCCCAAGUGCGACAAGCACUUCCUGAAGACCAACCACCUGAAGAAGCACAUGAACUCCCACGAGGGCCGCAGGGACUUUGUCUGCGAGAAGUGCCACAAGGCCUUCCUCACCAAGUAUCACCUCACACGGCACCUCAAGAUCUGCAAGGGGCCCAAGGUGGAGAGAGCCUCGCGGAAAGGACGGGGGGAGGAAGAGGAGGAGGAGGAGGAUGAAGAGGACGAGGAGGAGGAGGAGGAGGAAGGAGAAGAAGAAGAGGACGAGGAGGAGGGGGAGGGAGAGGAGAUGGAAGAGGAAGACGAGAGGGGGGAUGGUAGGGAAAGAAGGAGGACGAGUAGAAGGGGAGGAGGAGGAAGAAGUUCCGAGAGACUUAUCGAUCCAGCCCAAAAUGAAGACUGUGACUAUGGUUCGGAAAAGCCCCUGUCGCCCCCACAUUGA